AUGUUCAAGAAGCUCUCGGAGCGCUUCCCCGCCGCCGCGACGCGCCUCGAAGCCUACGCUGGCGCCAGUAUCCACGACGCGAACGCCAGCAACGACAGUCCCACGUCUCCUUCUCUCGCACGGGACGAAGCCGGAGACGCGACAGAGACAGCCGCAGCGUCAAGUGCGCCGCUGCUCUUUGGGGAAGAAAACAAGAGUGAUGGUCAGUCCACAACCCUAAAGGCAACUUUAAGCGACCGCUUUACGUCCGAGUCGGUCUCCGUCGCUGCUGCGGGUAUGAUGGGCCUACUGAAAAAGGCCCAAGCAGUGGCAACGACCGCAGCAAAGGAAGGGGCCGUGAAGGCCCGUAAAGCGCUGGACGCCGCCGAUAUGGACGCGCUCCAGCGCCGACUGAGCUACGCGCUGGACCGCUCGACGGGCGAAGUGGACUUGACGCUGCUGAACUUUUCGUACAUAACUGAGCACAUUGUAGCCAUGGGGUUCCCCAAUAUGAACUUGGGCACCACGCGCACGCUGUUGAAGGACAAUCCCAUUGAUUUGGUCGCCAUGUACCUCAACGGGAAACACCGUGGCCAGUACAUGAUUUGGAACUUGAGCGAAGAGGCGUACGACAAUGCGUACUUUGACAACCAGGUGCUGGAGUUUCAUUUCCCAGGACACCCAGCGCCGCCACUGGGUCUGGCGUUCAAGAUCUGCUCCUCGAUCGAGAGCUGGCUUGAGGCGGACGACAAGAACGUAGCGGCCGUGCACUGUCUCACGGGCAAAGGGAGAACAGGGACCGUGAUUGCCUGCUACUUGGCAUGGGUAGGCCACUUUUCGAAUGCCAUAGAGAGCUUGGAGUACGUGGCCAAGCAGCGACAGACGUCAGUGGAGAAGCUUACGAUUCCGUCGCAACGCAGGUACAUCCAGUACUUUAACAAUGUAAUGGAUGGCGUGAAGCCAAGAUCGUCGCCGUUGUUGCUACGGCGCGUGAUCAUCAAUACGAUUCCAGUGUUUGGAGAGCGACGCGUGUUGGAGCAGGCAACGAAGACGUGUACAAAUGAUGGAUCGGACAUGGUUGGAGUGGAAGGCGAGUCCCUUACAUCGUCAGCUGGUGCUGCCACUGAUGCUGCCGCUGGAGAGACAGAUGAUGCAGAGGUAGCUGAAACAGUCGAAGAAGGCUGCUGUCCGUAUCUGCAGAUUUUCAAGGCAGGGAAGCUUGUCUUUACAACGACGUGGCGCGAUAUGGAGGACGGACAGGGAGUUCAGUGGGCGAGCACGACCGACGGUUCAGUUUCGUUCAACGUAAACUGUAUGCUACAGGGAGAUAUUCUGAUUCGUUGUCGUCACCUGUCGGAUGCCGGAGAGCGUGUCUCAAUGUUCCGUGGCGCUUUCCACACGGGCUACAUUCCGCAGGGUGUCUUGAGAUUGACCAAGGCACAGUUGGAUGGUGCUUGCACUGACUCUCGCUUCGACCAGGACUUUUUUGUCGACCUGAUCUUUGCAGAUGUUGAUACUGAUGAAAAACCAUCAACGGCAAGCACAAGUGAUAGCGAGCUCGCUAUUGCUCCUAAAAGUGAAGGUGUUUCGCUGAAUAAAGAUGAUCGUCAAGCUUACGAAGACAUGCUUCAUCGCGACGAGGCCUUCUGGCAGGAUAUUGAAGACAGAAAGACACGGCUUCAGACGCGACGUGAGGAGCAGCUCAAAAAGAAGCAGGCUGAAAUAGAAGCUGAAGCAGCUGCUGCCGCCGCCGCCGAGGCUAAAGCUGCAAUCGAGAUCGAGGCAGCGAAGCGGGAAAGCGAGCAGACAUCCAAAAAGCAAAACUCUUUCAGCAUCAAUGACACCGACGAGGAUGUUGUUGGUACAGGGAAAACCAUUCGCAAGGGAAGCUGGGACGAGGAGAAGGACAAAGAACUCAUGAGUGAGCUCGAGUCGAUAACGUGCGGGGCAUCUGAAAAGGCUGCCAAAGUCGUUGGCAGGACCGAGAUGGAAGAAAAAGCUACGAAUGCGUCAAAUGCUACGAGUGGAAGCGACGAUGCUACAGGGCUGUCAAAGGCAUCCGACGAAAUGGAAAACCUCGAGAAAGAGCUGGGUCUGCAGUCGCUGUCGACUGACGCGGAAAGUCUUUUAAAUGGCAAGAUCGACCCCGAAUUGGAGCUGCUCGAUGCUGAGUUCAAGAGCCUCGAGGGGUUGUCGCCAAAAGCCGAUGACGAGGCUGACGAUGAGCUGAAUUUCGAGGCGGAUGAUUUCGAGGAGCUUGAAGAGUAUUUAAGCGGUCUCUCGAGCAAGUGA